UAUUCAUCAAGAAAGAAAAUGCUGACAAGUUCUUGGAAAGAACAAAACGUGCUAACUCUUUUUUGGAGGAAUUGAAGAAAGGGAGUAUUGAAAGAGAAUGCAAUGAGGAGCGCUGUUCAAAAGAAGAAGCAAGAGAAGCCUUUGAAGACCGGGAGAAAACCGAGGAAUUCUGGAACGUCUAUGUAGAUGGGGACCAGUGCAGCUCAAAUCCUUGUCACUAUGGUGGACAUUGUAAAGACGGAAUUGGUUUCUAUACUUGCUCAUGCUUGGAUGGUUAUCAAGGCAAGAACUGCGAAUUUGUCAUACCAAAGUACUGCAAAAUAAACAAUGGUGACUGUGAGCAUUUCUGCAGCAUCAAAAAAAGUGUACAGAAGGAUGUUUUGUGUUCCUGUGCAAAAGGGUAUGUUCUAGCAGAGGAUGGCAAACGCUGUGUUUCAUCAGUGAAGUAUCCUUGUGGAAAAGUUUUUGUAAAAAGAAAAAAAAGGUCGGUUUUUUUACCUGCUGAUAAUAGCAAUGUAAAUAGUGAUCAAGAUGGCCUUCCCAAGAAUGGAACAAGUUUGGAGGAGGACAUUCUUACUACCACAGAAAGCCCAACCACCCGUCCUGGCAAUGGAACAAGUAUCAAGGGUUCAUUUGUGCAUACCAGGAUAGUAGGUGGUGAUGAAUGUCUUCCUGGCGAAUGUCCAUGGCAGGCUGUUCUGUUAAACGAGGCAGGGGAAGAGUUUUGUGGUGGAACUAUUUUGAAUGAAUAUUUUAUACUUACUGCAGCUCAUUGUAUGAACCAAUCUAAAGAAAUCAAAAUUAUUGUUGGUGAAGUGGACAGAGAAAAGAAAGAACACUCUGAAACGAUGCAUACUGUGGACAAAAUACUUGUUCACUCUAAAUACAUUGCCGAGACUUACGAUAAUGACAUAGCCUUAAUAAAGGUGAAGGAACCUAUAAUGUUUUCUGAGUACAUUAUCGCAGCAUGCCUCCCCGAAGCAGACUUUGCUAAUGAAGUUCUGAUGAACCAAAGAUCUGGGAUGGUUAGUGGCUUCGGGCGUGAAUUUGAAGGUGGACGACUGUCCAAAAAACUGAAAGUGCUUGAAGUCCCCUAUGUUGACAGGAACACUUGCAAGCAAUCCACUAACUUUGCAAUAACAGAAAACAUGUUCUGUGCUGGUUAUGAAACAGAGCAAAAAGAUGCUUGUCAAGGAGACAGUGGAGGCCCCCAUGUAACCAGAUACAAGGAUACUUAUUUUGUUACUGGAAUUGUUAGCUGGGGAGAAGGAUGUGCAAAGAAAGGCAAGUAUGGUGUCUACACCAAAAUGUCCAGGUUCUUACGAUGGGUAAGAACAGUCAUGAGACAAAAUUCGCAAGAGCUGACAUUUACCAAGGAUGGUGGAAGGAGAAGCUCUAACCUACCCUCUAGUGCUCAGGUUUCCUCAGCCUUUAAGGAAAAGCCAGUCCUGAGAAGAAAGGGAAGAAAGGAAGGAUGCCUCUUACCCACACCCAUGUUCAUCUUUGCCUUAGUACGAUGGCUGUUCUGGCAUGUACGGAUUAUCCCUUCCUUUGCCCUCAAAGACCUGCCAGUUAUUGCUGGGAAACACAGAAUAAGAUUCAUACCAAAUGCAUGCAAGGUCAACAACUGGAACUGUAAGCAGUUCUGCAAAACUGGAGAUGAAGGAGUUGUAUGUUCCUGUGCUGCUGGCUACGCUCUCGGCAAUGACAACAAAACCUGUGUUCCUGUAGUCAAGUUCCCGUGUGGUAAGCUUCAGGGAAAUCAUGAAGCCGGUCAAGAGCAAGUCAUAGGAACCACAGCAAGUCCAGAUGCUCAUCCUGAAAAUGACGAAACCACCAAGUCCCCGAGCAGCCAUUCGGAGGUCACCAGGGAGGCUGGCAGUUUACCCCGCGUGUCCCCGCGGCAGGUUGUUCUGCUAGUAGAUAAGUACAAUGAAAGGUUUUGUGGGGGGAAAAUACUGAACGAGUAUUUUACUUUCUGGAGCUCCUUGCGUUAA